AUGACCCCCCGUAAGCGCGCUGAGACGAGCAAGCCGAGGGCGCCGAGGGCGAAGAAGGCGGAGAAGGCGGAGGGCAAGGCAGAGGGCAAGCCCGCACGCCAGCGCAAGCCGACCGAGAAGGCAGCAGCGGCGGCGGCAGAGGCCAAGCCGCGCGCCGCGCCGAGGUUGCGCAAGCCCAAGGUUAUCCCCGCGUCGCCGCUCACCCCGCCCCCGCCUGAGCCGAUGUCAGCCCCUGCGGAGGCACCGGUGAAACCUCCGUCGUCGUCCCACCUUCCCCCUGACGGUUCUCCCCACCCCUCGGCGUCGUCCGCUUCCUCCAUGCAGGACUUUGAGUCGGAGGAAGGCGCGAGCGUGCGGGCCGAGGUAGCGCUGGCGCCGGAGGCAAGCGAGGCGGCGGAGACGCGCGAGGUGGCCAAGGCUCAGCGCCCUGUCGAGGAAGAGAUCGACGCAGCAGACCUCGACGCCGCCGAGGCCGUCCUGCACCUAGCCAACCCGCGCACGCCGCCACCCGAGCGCCGCGCCCCCGCCCCCUCCCCCAUCCCCCGCUCACCUUCCCCCGCGCCAUCGCUCACCUCGUCCUUGGGGCGCGAGUGCACCCACCGCACAGGCACGGCGCGGGUCGCGAUCCGCUCCGCCCCGCGCAGCCUGGUGGCGGGGGCGGCCUUCGGCCCAGGCGACGUGGUCAUGUCCGAGCCGCCGCUCAUGGUCGCUGACGACGCUGCGCCUGACGAGCUCGCCGGCCGGCUCGGCGAGCUCGCACCGGACAAGCUGUAUGCGCUCCUCUCUGCCCCCACGUUCGCGGCGCGCACCGCCAUCGAGGGCGUGUUUGCUGCCAACUCUGUGCCUGCGGGCGACGGGUACGCGGCGCUCGGGGUCGGCAGCUACGCCGAGCACAGCUGUGCGCCGAACGCGGGGUUCACAUACUGCGACUACUGUGGCGAUAUCCGUGAGUUGGUCCCGCAGUGGCUUGGCUUACUCGCAGUGCUCGUGGCACACCGCCACAUCGCGCAAGGGGAAGCCAUCACCGCGUCCCGCUGGAGCCCAGCCACGCUGUGCCGGCGCACGACGGAGCGCCAGGCGGCCAUCACCUGGGAGCAGGGGCAUGCGUGCGCGUGCGGCGCGUGCGCCAACCCCUCGCUCGUGUCCGACUUUCGCCGGGAGGAGGUCCGCCACUGCCUCAAGAUGCUCGACGAGCGGCCCCUCCUCGAGCUCGCGGCGGGCGGCGAGCGCGUCCUCGAGCAGAUCAUGCAGGCCGCCGCUGCUGCCGAGGAGGAGGGGCUGGCCGAGGUGCUGCCCCGGCUGUGUGAGGGCGCAUUCUUCAUCCACGCCGCGUGGGGCCACGACGGCGAAGCCGAGGUCGCCGCGCAGAGCGCCGCGGGUGCCCUCCGCCGCGUGCGCGGACGCGACGCCGUGCCGCCGACUCAUGUGUUCGAGGUAUGGGCUCGCGAUCCGCGCUCGUGGGAGCUCUAUGGCGCAGCGCUCGACGACAGCAACUAG